AUGGAGAGUAUCGAUUUGACUAGUGGGAGGGGGGAGGGGAGGGGAGAAGGGGCAGACGGGGAGGAAGGGGAGGAAGGGGGGGGAACACGGGCAGGAUUCUGGAAGCUUCAACUAGACACUGUAGCUGCCACUGCCAACCACUGGAAUGAGUCCCUCUAUGACGAGGAUUUCUCUAGUGACACUGUAAGGUUUGAUUUUGAAAAGCUUCCUAACAGAGCACUCUGUAACGAGGACAGCUGGAGCUCGGGCAGCAAUGGGUCGAGCGAUGAAAGCACGUACUACAAUCUCAACGAGUACGGCGCUUAUAACGAGUGCAGUGCUUUUAACGUGUUCGGAUCUUGUAACGAGUACAGCGGCAGCUACAGCGCGAGCGGCAGCAGCGGCACGCCGUUCUCGGCGUGUGCCCCCCACGGGGGGGCGUGUGGCGUGCACGUGGCAGAGGUAGAGGGCGACCUGCGGGCGGAGGCCGGGCGGCAACUGCAGGAGCAGCUUUUGGCGGAUCUGCUGGAUGGGCGGCAGGGCGCUCUGGGCGGCAAGCAGGGCGCAUGGGGGGAGGUGUAUCUGGGGGCGGUGGUGCUGGUAGGGGCGGUGUUGGGGGGAGUGGUGGUGGGGGUGCGUUUGGGUUCCGAAGCAGCAGCGUCGGCAGCAGCACCGGAGGGAGCUUCAGCAGGAGCAGCAGCUUCGGUGGAGGCGCGGGCAACAGCUUCGGGAACAGCCUCGGGCAGCAGUCCUGCAGGUACCCCCACUCCCUCCCCUCCUCCCCCGCCCCCUCCGCUGCAACACACUGAUGUGGUGCGGGUGCUGGGGUUGGCAGCAGCAGCGUCUAAUUGUCUGCCUCGCCAGCCGUCGUGGCAGGGGGGUGCGUCGCCUUUCCAGCGGCAGCCGUCCAUUGGCUUCCGCAACAAGAUCGGUGCCUUGUUCCUGGGGGACGAGCGGGGGGGCAGGAGGGGACGGUGCGGAGGAGGAGGGCGGCAUGGGGGAUCUGUCGAGGCUGUGGAGGAGGCAUGGGACGAUAGGCUCGGCCGCCUGGUGCUGGUGGUGGUGGGUGGUGCUGGUGGUGCUGGAGGGGAGUUAGCAUCCUCUGCAUCUGUCUCUGCUGCAGGGUUCUUUGGUCCCACGCGACUCACAGAGCUGGCAGAGCUGGCACUCGUUCGAUCCAUUCUCCACGCCCCUCCCAGCACCACGGCUGGCAGGACCAGCCUAGCUCCCACCCCUCCCAACACCUCUCCCCAUGGUCCUUCCAACGCCCCUACCAACGCCCCCACCACCAACCAGUCCACUUCCUACUCGCACCGUCUUCGCCAGCUGGACUCGCUUCUCACCACGCACGCGCUCGGCCCCGGGAUUCUCGCCCUCGUUUUGGCCGGGGAAGUUGCGGAACUACCCCAUUUGACCCAGGAGGACCUGUGGCUUUAG